UCCUUUCGACUCUCCACACAAAUCAGACAUCGAGCUUUGAUCUGAGAGACAUAAUUUCCGGCGAGUCGCGGCAUAGAUGUAUAACGGAAUCGGUUUGCCGACGGCCCGGGGCUCCGGGACCAACGGUUACGUGCAAACAAACAAGUUUUUUGUGAGGUCGAAGACCAACAAGGUGCUCGUCGAUGGCGGCGCGAGGGGUUUUGGAGCGGAUCAGGGAACCGCCGGCGUGACGCGGAAGCCUAACAAGGAGAUUCUGGAGCACGACCGUAAACGCCAGAUCCAGCUCAAGCUGCUCGUCCUCGAGGAGAAGCUCUCCGAGCAGGGAUACACCGAUUCGGAGAUCGCUGAGAAGUUAGAAGAGACUCGGAGAACCUUAGAGGCUGCCGCCGCGUCUGAAGCUGCCGGUGGGCCAACCGCUCCUGCUGGAUCCUCAUCUGAAAGGGUCUCUGAAACACAAACCCACCAAAUUGCUGCCUUGAAGGAAAAACAGAUGGAGAAAUUGAAAGCAGCACUUCGGAUAGGAGCUGAAAACGAGAAUCAAAAGAAACAGCCUGAUCCUACUCUAGCUCUGGACUCUGUGUUGAGUGAUGAUGAAGAUGAUAGGGCAAAAAAUCAUAAAAGUGAUGGGGGGAAGGAUACAAGAAGAGGGAAAGAUGAGCCUAAGCAUCACAAAAAGAAAGAAAAGAAGGGAGACCAUGAGGAUUCCUCUGAUAGUGAUAGUGGUAAGGAGAGCAUUGAAAGGAUGAAGAAAAAGAAGAGCAAGAAAGGUCAUAGAGAGUCUGAUUCCGAAAUUGAUGUUAAGAAGAGGUCAAAAAAAGCUACAAGGAAGCAAAGUAAGAGUAGAAGAUACGAUAGCUAUUCUGAUUCUGAAUCUGAAUCUAGUUCUGGUUCUUCCUCGGAGUCUGAUUAUGAGGAUAAACGUCCAAAAUCUAAAAAAAGACAUGACUCUGAUGACGAUGCACAGAUGAAACGCAGAAAAUCUGAUAAAAAUCAUAGUUCUGAUGAUGAUGCAUCUGAUAAAAGGCAAAAAUACAAAGUUCAAAAGGGGAAACUGCCUGAAUCUGAAAUUGACAGUGAUCGGGUUGGCAAAAAGUAUCAAUUGGCAAGUAAAAUAAAUUCCUCUGAAAAAAGCAAAGGGUACUUGGUAGAUAAAGAUGGCUCUAUUGCUGAUGACACCAAGAGAAGUGCCAAAGAGAAACAGAAUCGAAGUCAGAGAAAGUAUGAAUCAGAAAGUGACUCUGGUUAUGAGAGAGAAGCAAGAAAGAAAAAUGAAAAGAUGGGAAGUAACAGAAAUGAUAGUGAUGAGAAUAGAUAUGAUGAUGACCAUGAAAGAAAAUCCCAGAGGACUCAGAAAGUUAAAAGACAUGAUUCUGAGGAUGAAUAUGAUAGUGACCAUGUUGUGGAGGAGAGGAAAUUCCAAAGAAGUAGAAGACAUGAAUAUGAUAGUGACCGUGAUGUGGAGGAGAAGAAAUUCCAAAGAAGUAGAAGGCAUGAAUACGAUGGUGACCGUGAUGUGGAGGAGAAGAAAUUCCAAAGAAGUAGAAGGCAUGAAUACGAUGGUGACCGUGAUGUGGAGGAGAAGAAAUUCCAAAGAGGUAGAAGGCAUGAAUAUGAUAGUGAUGAUGAUGUGAAGGAGAAGAAAUUCCAAAGAAGUAGAAGGCAUGACUCUAGUGAUGAUGAACAUGAUAGGAAAUACCACAAAACUCGGAGGGCUGAAAGACAUGAUUCUGAGGAUGAAUCUGACAGUGACAGUGAUGUGAAGGUGAAGAAAGUCCAAAGAAGUAGAAGGCAUGACUCUAGUGAUGAUGACCAUGAUAGGAAAUACCACAAAGCUCAGAUGGUUGAAAGGCGUGAUUCUGAUAACCAUGAUAGGAAAUAUCACAAAACUCAGAGGGUUGAAAGACAUGAUUCUGAGGAUGGAUCUGACAGUGGUAGUGAUGUGAAGGAAAAGAAGAUCCAAAAAAGUAAGCGUCAUGACUCUAGUGAUAAUGACAGUGAUGCUAGCAGUGAUCAUCUUAUCAGGAGCAACAGUGAAAGUGAUUCAGAUAACAAGAGUAAUUAUCGUAAACAUGGGCAGACUGAUAGGAUUAAGUCCAAGGAGAAGAGUGGAAGUGGUCAUGUUAGUGAUUCUGGUGGCAGAGGAGAACCCAGGAGGGAGAGAGGUCAUGCACUAGAGGAUGAUAAGAAAAAAGAAGUGGAUUCUGGAUUGGACACAUUCAAGAAGUUAGAACAGUUGCGCCAAUCUAGAGCAGAUAUCACAGAUGGGUCAGGGAGUGGUGAUCAAGAGCUUUCUAGAGGCAAGAGGAAGCUCGAUGCCAACCAAUUCGAUGAGCAACUAAAAGCUAAGUCAAGAAAAACGGAAUCUACUAAAGAAGAAGAGUUUUACAGUGCAAAGGUUGAAUCUGAAAAACAACAUACAGACCAGGAUUAUUACAGCAAAGAUUCACGAUCAGCAAGAUAUGAUGGAGGUCACAGGGGAGGUAAUGGUGAUCAAGAUGGCACAACUCGUAGGAAUGAGUCUCAGCGUGAAAGUCGGGGAGGUGACAGGGAUUUUUCUAGGUAUGGAGAUGAUAGAAGAGAAAGCAGGAAUGAUGAUGACAGACAGGGGAAGAAACACAAAAGAGAUGAAGAGGAACAAUGGCUAGCAAAACAUGAAAAGCAUGGAAGAGAGCGUGAAGAGGAGAGUGGCAGUAGACGGCGUGAGAGAGAUAGAGAAUAUGAUUCUUCCAAGAGAGCAAGAUAUGAGGAUUCACGCUCUACUGGAAGAAGAAGACACGAUGAUGAGAGGUAUGAUGACCGGAGGUCAAGGCGUUGAUGAUGCACUGUAUCUGAUCCCAGAAGUGUCUAGAGGUUAAUACUUGGUUCUCUGUCAAGUGGCACCUGAGAAAGGCCUGGCCAAACUGCUGUACUACAUCACCUGAUGCUUGGGUUAGGGAGUUGCUGUUACAAAUCUCAUUUUUUAUCUGCUUUUUGUUCAAUAUUAGAUGUUGUUCCAACACUCAUUUUCGACAAAUCGUGGUUGUGUUUGCACAAAUCCACUUGUUUUCACUUUUUACUAUGUAUGAAUUUCAUGUUUUACAUAAUUAUGAAUUGUGGGUAGGAAUCCCCCUUUUUUUGAUUUGCCA